UUGUUUGUGAUUGACGUCACCGCUGGAAAGCAAGAUGGCAGCGAUGGUUCUGUAGACACUCGACCGACACCGGAACCGCUGUGAGAUUUGUGUUUAUAAAGUCUUCAAACGUUCUGACUGAUCUCCGUUAGCCGAAUAUACCGAGAGAGACACGUGACAUCCCGCGCUGAGGAUGGACGGCGCGGGAUUUAUGGACACUAUGGAUCAGACUUUAUCCGAGCUGGGCGAUGAGUUCACACUCGGAGACAUCGACGAGAUGCUGCAGUUUGUCAGCAAUCAGGUGGAUUUCCCAGAUCUCUUUGAAGAUCAGAUGGGCGGCACCGGCGCCUCUUUGGCCCCUCUACGUGCACCUCCACAGACGGCCCAAAACGCCAUACUGACCCCUCCACACACCCCCGUGCAGACCAACAGCCAGACACAAACUCGCACGCCACCACUGCUGCAGCCCAGACCACAACCCAUUACACAGGUGCAGACGUUUCCUGUGCAGACGCUGGCUGUGCAGACGCAGGCGCAGCCACAAACGGUGAUGAUCACUCCAACUGCUGCAGGACCUCGUUUCAUUCAGAACCAAGUCAUCUGUCAGCAGAACCCAAGCGCGAGCUUUCAGGUCCUCCAACCACAGAUGCAGAGCAUUAUGACAUCACAACAGGUUCAGCCAAUGACAAUCCAGCACCAGCGUGUGUUGACUUCGACCGGUCAGACGAUCCAGACGCUCUCCACCGCACCUGCCACUAUGCAUACGGUGUCUCAACAACUGCCUAUCCGGCUAUUGUUGUUGCCGGAAAAACACGGAGAGGAGUGCGUUUUCUCCGUUAAUGUUAACAGAAUGGAGAACAGUCUUUCAGCGGAGCAGGUGUUGGUGCACCAGCCUCAGAUCUUGAAAACAGAUUCUUUGGUUCUGACGACUCUUAAACCGGACGGGACUCGAGUUCUCUCGACGGUCCAGAACCCAACGGGCAUCACCACCCUGACCACACCCAUACAGACCACCGCCCUACAAGUUCCUACAUUAAUGGGCAGCAACAUUCUGACCACUGUCCCCGUUAUGAUGGGAGGUGGAGACAAACUGCCAAUCAAACAGAUGUCACCCAGUAACAGCACCCACAGCGGAUGCAGGACCAGUAUGGCCAUGGAUCAGGGCGUGGCCGUUACCACGGGAACAGGAGUCGUCGUGAAAGAGGGCGAGAGAAGGACAACGCACAACAUCAUAGAGAAACGCUACCGUUCAUCCAUAAACGACAAAAUCCUGGAGCUCCGUGAUCUGGUCAUGGGCAAUGAUGCCAAGAUGCAUAAAUCUGGCAUUCUGCGUAAAGCCAUCGAUUACAUCAAAUACCUGCAGCAGGUGAACCACAAACUCCGACAGGAGAACCUCACACUGAAGAUGGCCAAUCACAAGAACAGUGAGUCACAUGACCCUUACACGUACAUAAUGACAUCAUCAGUCUUCAGUGACAUCACUCACGUCUCUCUCUCUCUCUCUCUCUAUAUAGAGUCUGUGUGUCUGUCUGAUAUUGAUGAUCUGAAGCCUGAGGCGGCGUUUAUUUCUCCUCCUCCGUCUGAUUCGGGUUCCAGUUCUCCGUCUCAGCUCUCACCCUUCUGUGUGGACUCAGAGCCGAGCAGUCCACUGAUGGACAGCGAGCAGAUGAUGAAGAGUGAGCCGGGUUCUCCGUCUUCAGUGGGUGUUAUGGAUCGCUCUCGUCUCCUUCUCUGCGCUCUGACGUUUCUCUGUUUAUCUCUCAAUCCUCUGCCGUCUCUGUUGGGUUCAGAGGAGAGAUGGAGUCCGUCUGUCGCUCACAGAUCCUCUCGCUCUCUCUCCUCGCUCAACGAUCACACGCAAGACUUCAUGGAGUGGCUGUGGUUUGUGUUGCCAUGGUUUCUGGUGUGGGUUCUGAGCGGGGUGGGCGUGGUCUGGGGGUGUGUCCGAGUUCUGUAUCUCUGGGAACCGGUGACGCCCCUCCACUCGCCCAAAUCAGUACGCUUCUGGAGACAUCGCAAGCAGGCCGACCUGCAGCUGAACAGGGGUGAUUAUUCAGGUGCGGUUGUGAGUCUUCAGACGUGUCUGUCAGUUUUAUCCAGAGCUCUGCCCACCACCUCACUCGACAUCACAUGCUCUCUCUCCUGGAAUCUGAUUCGCUACUGUCUGAGAAAGCCCGCCCCUCUGGGCUGGCUGGUACGUUUGGUUGGUGGAAAGCAAGAGGGGGAGGAGUCACAGAUGAGCUCACGGGACGCAGCGAUGGUCUAUCAUAAACUCAAUCAACUACAGCUCACAGGUAAGCUGGAGCGCAGUCCUCUGUGGGGUUUGUGUGUUUCUCUGAGUGCUGUCAAUCUGACUGAAAGUGCAGAAGAGAAGAUUACAGUCAAUGAUCAGAUUGAGAUCUUUGUGACAGCAGCCAUGAGCCUGAGAGCAGCACUGGGCAAACAUCUCACCUCUCUACCUGGUUAUUUGUUAAGUUGUGCUGAGAGUUUGGCCUGUCAAUCAGACUCUAAGCCCCUCCCAGACUGUCUGCGCUGGAUCUUUACACCUUUGGGCCGUCAGUUUUUCCUGAGCUGUGAUUGGUCAGUGAGGUCAGAGAGCAGCGAGCAGAUUUUCACCUCUCAGAGAGAUGAAGCCGAUCCCAUCGCACAACUGCACCGCUGCUUCUGUGAGAAACUACUAGAGAGAGCCGUACACACACUGAUAGAACCACAAAACAACACACACACAAAGGAUUCUGGAGAGUUUUCAGGAGUUUUGGAGUUUCUUCAGUUAUUGAACAGUUGCACUGAAGACUCCACCCCCUCUUCUGCCCCCUUCCCUACACUGGCCAAUCACAACACAGCACCAGUGAGAGACCCUGUGUGCCGUUGGUGGGCGUUAGUGCUGAAGGCAGCGGUUCAUUGGCUGCAGGGUGAUGAUGCGUCUGUGAGGUCACUGCUGUCAGAGGCGGAGCGAAUCCCCCGAGCCCUUCAUACUCUAGAUCAUCCGCUGCCGAAGGCGGUGCUGGCGCUGUGUAAAGCGGUUCAGACGAGUGUUUGUCCUCAGAAAGGUGAAGGGAUCUCCAGCUGUCUCACUCACUGUCAGCGCUCCAGUGCUCAUCUACACAUCAGUGUGUCACAGUCUCACAACAACACCUGGCUACACAAGGGGGUGGAGCUUCUGGUCUGUGAUCUUCUUCUGACUUUGAGAACCAGCCUAUGGCAGCGUGGGGGCGUGUCUAAUGGAGAGCCCGGCCCCGCCCCUGGAUCCCAGUUGGCCGGAUUCCAAAGAGACUUGAGCUCUUUACGGAGACUCGGACAAGCCCAUAGACAGGCUCAGCACAAGCUGUUUCUUCACGAGACGACCGUCAGACUGAUGGCCGGAGCCAGUCCCACACGUACACAUCAACUACUGCGACACAGAACGCACAACUACACCACAGCAGCAGAUGGCGAGCGUGAGAGAGCUCACGUCAUACUGCUAGCGUGUCGUCACCUGCCGCUGCCGUUACUGACGCCUCCCGGUCACCGCGCUCGACUGCUGGCCGAAGCCAAACGGACGCUGGAGAGAGUCGGAGACCGACGGUCACUGCAGGACUGUCAGCAGAUUCUCCUGCGUUUGGGUGGAGGGACCACCAUUGCUGCAUCAUAAUCGCACACACACAUCAUGUCACAUCAGUGUGUCACAGGCUUGAGAAGAGUCAAUGUUUUUCUGACACAUCUCAAUAUGAUACAUCUUCACCUUCUCUAGUUAGUGUUGAGAAAUAUGUCAGCUAGUUUUGAUCUUCUCGGUCUCAAGAUUAUCCGAGUGUGAUUUGUUGCAUUCACACAAUGUUUUCCAGACAGGGUUUAGAUUAAUCCAGGACUUGGUCUUAAUAUUAAUAUUUAAGUAAAAAACAACAACACUGGUGUACAACUUGAGACAAAACAACAUUUGAAGAUAUCUCGGUGCAAGUUGUUUUCAGUAAAGACAGAUCAAACCAACAUUUCAGGCUUGGACAAGACCCUGUCCGGGAAACCACACCAUGUGUUUCAGAAAAUACAAACAAAAAAACACAAAUCCAACGUUAAACUUCUAGUGCUGAGACAAAGUGUCUUUGAAUCU